AUGCAAAACAUAACUAUUUUUCCUUUGAGGGAAAAGAUCGUACUUUUUUUCGAAAAGAAAAGAACCGAUUUAAAAAGACAGCGUUUAGAUGCACCAAGUAGUAAUAGUUUUCUAAUUUCUACCAAACAAGCUACACUUGCUUCUUUUUAUGUGGCUUGGCAUAUUACAAGGCAAAAGAAACCCCAUAAUAUUGCUGAAAAACUUAUAAAACCUGCUGCCAUUGACAUGGCACGUAUCAUGUGCGGAGAUGAAAUUUCAAAGAAAUUACAAAAGGUACCAUUAUCAAAUGAUACAAUUCGUUUACGAAUUAAUGAUAUGUCGUUUGAUAUUAAGAAUCAACUUAUUUAUGCUAUAAAAAUUGCUGGUUUAUUUAGUAUUCAACUGGAUGAAACGACAGAUGUAAGUAACGAUGCUCAACUAAUGGUUUACGUGCGGUAUCCAGGGUUAACAGAUAUACAGGAGGAUUUUUUAUUUUGCAAAUCAAUGUCAACAAAAACUAGAGGUGAAGAUAUAUUUCUCAUUGUCGAUUCGUUUUUUAAAGAAGAAGGAUUAAAUUGGAAUCAGUGUUUCAGUAUUUGCACCGACGGUGCAGCUGCCAUGACAGCAUCUCAAAAGGGUUUUUCGACAAGAGCAAAACAAAUGAAUUCACAAAUUUUAUCGGUUCAUUGUUUUUUACAUAGAUAA